AUGUGGUCUAUUUAUUUGAUAUUUAUUUCUAUGCUAGCAGCCAGGGAGAGUCUUAGUGAAAAUAAUUUGAAGAAGAGACAAAUUGUUUAUCCACUAUCACCAAACGUCUACGUACCAUCAAACUUCUACGGAAAUCCAUUUGAAAAGAAUUUUCCACCGGUUUAUUACCCAUCGAGUCAUUACUUUCCAAAUGAAUUCGCGUAUCGUUUGUUUUGGAUCACGCCUGCACCAGUUCACGACGAAACAGCAAACCCUUUUAUUAAUUCUCGGGAUAAUUUUAACACGCCUGACGAUAAAACUGGUGGUUCUGCUCGUAAAAGCGCUAUUUCUGUGAUUGUCGAGAAGAAAGAACAAAAGAAUGAUACUGAUUCAGCGAGAAAGUCUGGUGGAGAUGAAAAAUUGAGUACCAAUGUCACUGUUCAGGCGAAGCUGGAUGACCGUAGCAAUGAUACGUUGGCAACUGGGCCGAGAUUGGAAGUAGAAAUCUCCAGUGACAACUCGACAGAUACCAGAAUUGAAAAUAAAAAUUCAACUACUGCCUGA